UUGGAAAUCACAGACGGAACAAUAUCUUAUUAUCAUUUUCGCAUAAGUAUUUCCAUAGAUAGUUUUAUCACACUGUACAUAUUGCAUGAUAUGUUUACAGUGUGACUAAACCGUCUCUGGUUAAAACAACAUUUGUGCUCAUUAAUACGGCAGAUUUAUUAUUGACAGCAUGUAGUUUCACGUUUUUAAGAUGUUUGUCUGACUGCUGAAGAUAGGAUGUUAUCUCAUAAAUUUGUUAAACAUUUUAAAAUUAUUAGGGCUUAAAGUCAACUGGUUUUAGAGUAAACUUUGAGUUUGACCUUAUUGUAGGUUAAUAUGUCCUCAUUUAUUAUAAGAGGAAAUUCAAAGAGGAAGAUGGGUAACUGUCUACUCUUAAGCUCAAUUACUAGCAGAACUUAUGCUCAUCAUAAAAGGAAACGGGUUUAUUUUUUGACAUGUAACUGCUGGCUAGACUAAAAUGGAACUGAUCUGAUCUACAUGGUACAGUAACACUCAUUCAGCUAUAAUCAUUUUGCUGUAUCUGACUUUCACUUGUAAGUUUUUCACUGUGAGGUUUACCACAGUCAUGAAUGUAGGUGGAGCUUUAUGGUGUGAGAGACACAAAGAGCAUCAUCAAGAGUUCUGUCACACUUGUCAAAGCUGAUACUGAUCUUUAGAGUGACAGAAAUCGAACAUUUAUAUGUCACAGACCAAAAGUGAAUCACACUGUAGGUGACGUGACUAAGUGCAGGAAAGAUUAGUAAUGUGGAGUCUUGGUUACUCCACGCGCAAGCUUGCAGUGGGUGGAGGUGUUUGGAGCAGCUUUCAGAGAUGUUCAGUCUUUUCUUCAGGUAGGAGGACAUUUUGAAGACACCACAUGAGGUCAGUGUGUAAGAUUAUGAAGUUUACAGCAGUGAAAAGUAAUUUCAUGAGGAAACCCAGCAAUGUAUCUCCCAGCUGUCAAAGUGAAAAAAACGGAAGAAGGCCUACAUGCAAGCGGUUACAUCAACAUAGUUAAAAUGGAAGAUCUUUUGCUGGAACAGAUUUUCUGAACAGGUCCAGGGCUCUUCUGUUGGACCAAUUAUGAUAAAAGAGUCAAAAGAUGAAUUCACAACCAGUGGGAACAGAAAAUGCUUCAAACACAGUACCCAACGGGGUCUCCAGGGAUCAGACAAAAGUCCUGAGUCUACUGCAAGGUUUACGCUUGUGUCAGGAUGCCUGGGCUCCCAAGAGCCCCUGGGACAAACAUGGGGCUCACGCCGCUCUCUGGGGCAGACCUUCUGGGAGUUUCCUGGUGGUCCAAGGGUCUUUGCCUCAAGACCAGCUUCUGUGCGUGUCUGUAGGGGGCAGUGGGGAGCCGGUCAAAGAAUUCCCCAUCAUAACCACUGGAACAGCGCUUCAACUGACAACGUCACAUCUGGCUUUCCCUGAUCUCUUUCAGCUGCUGCACUUCUACACGCUGAGCAGGGAUGUUUUACCUGUCUGUUUGUUGGUUCCUUCAUGGGUUUACACCCUUAACAAUCUACCAGAUCAUCUUGUUCCUCUGCUUGGUCCAAAGACCUGGCUGUGUCCCUCCUCAGAUCUGCAGGCUAACAGUAUGACUUCAGAAACACAAGACACUGCAGAAAUGCCAGAAACAGUCCUGUGCACCAUACAGGUUACAGCCGCCAGUGGUGCCCUGUGCUUCAUCAAUCCCUUGUACCUUCAAGAGCACGGGGAUGAUUGGCUACUCGUUCUUCAUCCAAUCCAAUCAAUCGGUCCAAUCAGGCGAGACAAGCGGUUGAGUACCACAAGAGUAUGGGAAGGGAGAGGACUGAAACAGAGGUCACUUACACUAGCCGAGGACAACUCUAGCAGUUUUGACCAUGACAGAGGAUCAUUUGAGAAGAGUCCAGUCACCCCAUCUACCCCAGGCGGAGUUGUGCUUCGAAGGGCGAGUAACGCCAGCACGGAAGACCCCCUAAAAAGAGCAAGCAUAGACUCCAUUCAGAGCCCUCUCCCUCAGUCGCCACACCGUGUGUCAUGGAUAGAGGACAAGAUAUGGCUGAAUUCCUCUCUGCUUCAACCGCCCUGCUUAGAGCUGGACUCGCUGUCAGUCAGCAGUAUAGAGGAAGAGUCUGAAGCAGCUUCAAGCCCGUCCCCAUCCCUACAUUCGCCCCGCUUCCAUUUGGCAGAUAAGAUGAAGAACCGCCUCUCGGCAGUGGGUCAGGCUCUAGGUGGGCUUGUGUCGCCACAGCGAAGACUGAGUAAACGGGUUCAGGAGAUGGCGGAACGGAAGGGUGGGGCUUUUGCAGAUGCUGUCAGGGGAUUUGUAGAGCAAACUCUCACAAGUGGAACCACUCCUGAAGUGACCUCCACCGAGAUGCUGCAGGAAGUGCGUUCGGCUCUCACUGCCCUGAGGGAAAUGCUGUUUGAUUGUCCAGAGAUCCAAAGCAUCACAGACAGCUUUGGAGACACUUCAGAUUUUGAGCUGGAUGCUAUGCUGGAGCUUGCCUUACAUAAAGUAGCUUUGAAGCCAGUUUACGCUCAUCUUUACGUGUGUCUAAAGACAGCCCGCAGGGAUGACGGCACUCUGCAGCGUUUAGAAAACAACAAGAGCACACUGGAGAACCGCAGCCCGGAGGAGCUGGAGGGCGCAGCCGGGGCCGGGGUACCUGAUUCCAGCAUGAUGGAAAAGAUCCAGCAACGCUGGACUGCAAUGCAUGAGGCCUACUCACCUAGUAAAAAAGUUAACACCCUGCUCAAAGUCUGCAAGAAUAUCUACCAUAGCAUGAAUGCUAAUGCUAAGCCCGGAACGGUUUUCGGGGCAGAUGACUUCCUGCCGUGCCUGACAUGGGUGUUGCUGCGUAGUGAUGUAGCUAUACUACAGGUUGACACUGACUACAUGAUGGAGCUGCUGGACCCCAUGCAACUACAAGGAGAGGGUGGCUACUACCUUACGUCUCUCUACGCUGCCCUUUAUUACAUUAGCAGCUUCCAGCCUCGUCUAGCGAAGCGGCAACUCAGUGCAGAAGCACACAAGUCUCUCAGCCAGUGGCACCGCAGACGCACACUGCACGGCAACCAGUCACGCCACAGCCGAAACCGCAGGACCAUACGGAGGCACGGACCGGCAGAGGGAAGCCGUAGAACAACGGAGGACGUGAACUGUUUAAAUGAGAGCAAAGAGUCCAGCAGUCUGACUGACGUCGAGCCAGCCAUCCAUAGCAUUCAAGAAGCAGUGCAGGGUUUGGAUGAAGAAUUAGAGGCUGUGACAGAAGAAGAGGAGGGAAGUGCAGAUCCAGAACAAAUACAGUUAACAGAGACAUUGGACCUCACCAGUCCUGAAAGAGGGGAUGGAGAGUAAGCUGGAAAGAAGACAACUGAAUUUCACAGGAUCCUAAAUUAAUACACACGUGGUAUUACAGAACUUAACAUUGGACUGAUGCUUCUAAAAGGCAAAGCCAUUUACUCAGAUGAUACCUCAAAUCAUGCAACUUAAUGCGAAGAGUUCAUGCUAUUGCUUUUCUAAGCAAUCAGGAUUAUGAUUUUCACUUGUUAGAUCAUAAAAUGGGUUAAAAAUUCCCAUAGACUUACUUUGAAGAAGGGACUAUAGCAAUAGCAAGAGUCCUAGAGUAAUGCAUUUCCUUUUUCAGUACAAAUUACUCAUGAACCUGUUAUCACAAAACAAAUUGUAUAUAAAGCCAUAUAUAUAUAUAUAUAUAUAUAUAUAUUACUGUUCAAAAGUUUGGGAUCAGUUUUGUUUUGUUUUUUUU